AUGGCUUACAGAUCGACAUGCACUUGGUGCCUACACCCUCCGCUGCCGCUUCUUUUGUUGGUUGCCGCUUUGUUGGUUGCCACGGUGUUUCCGUACCUCGGGUUUCUUGGUGGUUCGUCCAUGCAAUGUAUGCAAGGAGGACGCCGAAAUCACAGUGAAUUUACCUGUCAACGACCUAUUGGGCAUGCCACUGUGGAGCAGACAUGGUGGUUGCCACGGAUAGCAGAUCAGGUGAACGGUGUGAUCUCCGGCGAAGGACCGAUGCUUCCGUACCUUCUCCUUGUCAUCCAGAUCUGCACUGGAACAGUGAACCAAACAGAUGCAGACCUGUGUACAUGGUGCGGACGUGGUUCGUGGCUCCUUUUCGCACUCAUGUGGUGGCUGUCCCUGACGGGACUGCGAAUUGUCAUAUUCAUCUGCGUACAUCCAUACAAUUAUUAUUUCUCUGACCACAUUUUUCUUCUGAGCAGCAUGGUGGCACAGAUUCAGAUGUCCUUGGCAAUGACAUUCCAGAGACAGGAGUCGAAUGCAGGCUCCGAUACACAACUCUGGUUUUGUCUGGAAUGUCUAUUGGCAUCAGUGAUGCUGGUCUUCAUACUUUUCGAGGCAUUCAUUACAAGUUGGCUGUAUCACACACUUCUCGCAAGUUGGCUAGCCUUGCUUGCGUCACUGGUUUGUUUUCAGCUGAUGACAUACAUAUGGGUGCGUAUCCUGCAGAGGGCACCUGCGCUGAAGACUGAGGGUUGCAGGAAGUUGAUGGAGGACGAUGCGUGCGAACACGGCGGGCUGGGACUUCACUCGGCGCUCAAAGCCAAGGCCUCUAUGCGCAGAGUCAAGGGGAUUCUGAACGGCAUCUCCGACGAGUGGAAUCCCAUGACAGAUCCCCACAUAGCAGUCCGAUAUGGUGUCAGCAAUUUCGAAGACGGCAAGCUCCGCUGCAAGGCGGAACUCCAGCGACAACUGGGCCUGCAGCAGGAUCCCAAGCUGUGCCUCAUUGGCUUCUGCGGUCGCCUUUGCUACCAGAAGGGGAUCCACCUCAUCAUGGAAUGCCUUCCGUGGCUGAUGAGUGACGAGGGCAAUGGGGUCAACGGCUUCGUUCAGCUUGCGUUGAUGGGCAAAGGUGAUCCCAAAUACGAAGAUCAGCUCCGGUCCAUGGAGGCUUCACAUCGUGGACGCGUUUGCGCAUUUGUUGGUUUUGACCCCGUUGUGGAACACCGCAUGAUGGCCGGAUGCGACAUCUUAUUGAUGCCUUCCCAGUACGAGCCAUGCGGCCUCCCGCAGAUGUAUGCACAGCAGUAUGCAACGAUCCCCGUUGUACACGAGACUGGAGGUCUGAAGGACUCCGUCCGUGGCCUGUGGAACGCGGAGCACGACAGACACUGCGCCACCGGCUUCCUUUUCGGUGGCUUCGAUGUGAAUCGCCUCAAAGAGCGACUUUAUCAGGCGAUGGACAUCUUCCGGCAUCAAAGACCGCUGUGGCGACAGAUGCAGACCAAUGCCAUCAACAGCGAUUUCUACUGGCCACAGGCCAUCGAUGAAUACGAAAAGAACAUCGACCAGGUGAUGGAGGCUGCCGGAACGGCAUGGCAGGGCACAUCGAUCAGAGGCUUGCUGCCGCUGACUGUGUGGAGCAUGCUCCAUCCUGCGGCACCGGUGAACGAGGACGCGGUGGAGGUUCUGGCGCAUGCCAGCGAGCUUGUCCUGGCUACGGGCCAGAGGUUGCGAGAGGCAGUACUUUUUUCGCUGCCUUCUGUCAUCCUAGCGAUUCUGUUGAUCGUCUUUCAGCAGAAUGCCGAAGACGAGUUCACCUCGAUAAACACUACGGGCGACCUGAGCAAGAGCCAGGUGUGGAGCGCCAUGACGGUGACGCUUACCACCCUUAUUAGUUUUCGUACCAGACAAGCUCUUGGGCGCUUCUGGGAAGGGACCGGAUUGAUGCACCAAAUGCGAGGUGAAUGGUUUGACUCCGUUAGCUGUCUUCUAUCCUUUUCGAGGCACGCUUUGUCUACGAAGCCUGAGGAGGUCAGUCAGUUCCGGCAGACGUUGGUAAGACUGACAUCGUUGAUGCAUGGCUCGGCACUGGACGAGAUCAGUGGUAGCACUGAUGACAGCUACCAGACUAUUGACGUCAUGUCCCUGGACUCCGCAACGCUGCGCUUCCUGCGGGAUUGCAAGCUGAAGUACGAUUGGAACAAGGUUUGUGCCCUGCAGCACAUGAUCCAGGUUCUCAUUACGCACAAUCUGCGCAUAGGUGUUUUGGACAUUCCGCCGCCGAUCCUCUCUCGUGUGUAUCAGACUCUGUCACGAGGUUUCGUGAAUCUCUUGAAUGCUGUGAAGAUCAAGGAUACGAACUUCCCAUUUCCAUGGGCCCAGAUGAUCAUGAUCCUGCUCGUAGUGCACUCUGUCUUCACCCCUUGUGUGGUGACAUCCUUCAUGACGAGCUACCAGUGGGCAAUACCUGUUACCUUCGUUCCGGUGUUUGGCAUGUUCGCUCUGAAUCAGGUGGCUGCCCAGCUCGAGAUGCCAUUUGGCCAGGACGACAACGACCUUCCCCUGGAGCACUUUCAGAAGGAAAUGAAUCAAAGCUUGCUCCAGCUGAUGCACGAGAUGUCAGAUCAUCUUCCCAGCACAAAGCCCAGUGCCAAGACGCAUGUUGACGAGCUGAGGUGCUUCGUGGCCGGUGGGCCAGACAUUUGCUGUCCUGUAACGAUGGCGCUGAGCGACAGCAAGGUUUUCGAGACAUUGGCGCUGGACACGGAGGAGGAUGAACCAGAGGCAGUCCUCUUUCCGCCGGAAACAAAGCUAGAAGAGGCUCAGACGUUGCCAACACCCUCCGAGGAUAUGGGCGAGAUCAAGGAUGACAAUCCAUCGCGCAAGCUCGUUGAGGAAAAGGCCCCUGACAAGUUAGACGACAAGCUCCAAUUCCAAGCGGCCGAGAUGGAGGCCGCGGCCUAUGCAUUGGCUGCGCAGCACGUGGCUGACAUCGCGAGGAGCACCGAAGCUCUGCUGACUCUGGGCCAGACAUUGCCGACAGCCUUGAGACAGCACUCGGAGGCGAUGAGCCGCUUCACGGAAUCCGUCCCACAGCUCCUGGCAAGGAUGGCCAGCUCGGAGCAGUUGACAUCAACGACCGAAGGAUCUUAG